UACAAGUGUUCACACUGCAAUAAGAGAUUCAGUCGGUCAGGACAUCUGAAAACACAUGAGAGGAUCCACACUGGAGAGAAACCUUACAAGUGUUCACACUGUGACAAGAGAUUCAGUGAUUCAGGAGUCCUGAAAACACACAAGAUGAUUCACACUGAAGAGAAACCUUACAAGUGUUCACACUGCGACAAGAGAUUCAGUUGGUCAGGAGCCCUGAAACUACAUGAGAGGAUCCACACUGGAGAGAAACCUUACAUGUGUUCACACUGCGACAAGAGAUUUAGUUGGUCAGGACAUCUGAAAACACACGAGAGGAUCCACACUGGAGAGAAACCUUACAAGUGUUCACACUGUGACAAGAGGUUCAGACAGUCAGGAUCCCUGAAAAAACACGAAAGGAUCCACACUGGAGAGAAACCUUACAAGUGUUCACACUGCAACAAGAGAUUCAGUCGGUCAGAACAUGUGAAAAAACACGAGAUGAUUCACACUGGAGAGAAACCUUACAAGUGUUCACACUGUGACAAGAGAUUCACUGAUUCAGGAGUCCUGAAAAUGCAUGAGAUGAUUCACACUGGAGAGAAACCUUACAAGUGUUCACGCUGCGACAAGAGUUUCCAUCAGUCAGGAGCCCUGAAAAAACAUGAGAUGAUUCACACUGGAGAGAAACCUUACAAGUGUUCACACUGCGACAAGAGAUUCAGUUGGUCAGGAGCCCUGAAACUACAUGAGAGGAUCCACACUGGAGAGAAACCUUACAUGUGUUCACACUGCGACAAGAGAUUUAGUUGGUCAGGACAUCUGAAAACACACGAGAGGAUCCACACUGGAGAGAAACCUUACAAGUGUUCACACUGUGACAAGAGGUUCAGACAGUCAGGAUCCCUGAAAAAACACGAAAGGAUCCACACUGGAGAGAAACCUUACAAGUGUUCACACUGCAACAAGAGAUUCAGUCGGUCAGGACAUCUGAAAACACAUGAGAGGAUCCACACUGGAGAGAAACCUUACAAGUGUUCACACUGUGACAAGAGAUUCAGUGAUUCAGGAGUCCUGAAAAUACACAAGAUGAUUCACACUGAAGAGAAACCUUACAAGUGUUUACACUGCGACAAGAGAUUCAGUCAGUCAGGAGACCUGAAAAAACAUGAGAUGAUUCACACUGGAGAGAAACCUUUCAAGUGUUCACACUGCGACAAGAGAUUCAUUUGGUCAGGAGCCCUGAAAAAACAUGAGAGGAUCCACACUGGAGAGAAACCUUACAUGUGUUCACACUGCGACAAGAGAUUUAGUUUGUCAGGACAUCUGAAAACACACAAGAUGAUCCACACUGGAGAGAAACCUUACAAGUGUUCACACUGUGACAAGAGGUUCAGACAGUCAGGAUCCCUGAAAAAACACGAAAGGAUCCACACUGGAGAGAAACCUUACAAGUGUUCACACUGCAAUAAGAGAUUCAGUCAGUCAGGACAUCUGAAAACACAUGAGAGGAUCCACACUGGAGAGAAACCUUACAAGUGUUCACACUGUGACAAGAGAUUCAGUGAUUCAGGAGUCCUGAAAAUACACAAGAUGAUUCACACUGAAGAGAAACCUUACAAGUGUUCACACUGCGACAAGAGAUUCAGUCAGUCAGGAGCCCUGAAAAAACACGAGAUGAUUCACACUGGAGAGAAACCUUACAAGUGUUUACACUGCGACAAGAGAUUCAAUCAGUCAGGAGCCCUGAAACUACAUGAGAGGAUCCACACUGGAGAGAAACCUUACAUGUGUUUACACUGCGACAAGAGAUUCAGUUGGUCAGGACAUCUGAAAACACAUGAGAGGAUUCACACUGGAGAGAAACCUUACAAGUGUUCACAUUGUGAUAAGAGGUUCAGACAGUCAGGAUCCCUGAAAAAACACGAGACGAUCCACACUGGAGAGAAACCUUACAAGUGUUCACACUGUGACAAGAGGUUCAGACAGUCAGGAUCCCUGAAAAAACACGAGAGGAUCCACACUGGAGAGAAACCGUACAUGUGUUCACACUGCGAAAAGAGAUUCAUUCAUUCAGGAGACCUGAAAAAACAUGAAAUGAUUCACACUGGAGAGAAACCAUAUAUGUGUUCACACUGCGACAAGAGAUUUAGUGAGUCAGGAUAUCUGAAAUCACACGAGAGAAUCCACACUGGAGAAAAACCUUACAAGUGUUCACACUGUGACAAGAGGUUCAGACAGUCAGGAUCCCUGAAAAAACACAAGAGGAUCCAUGCUGAAGAGAAACCUUACAAGUGUUCACACUGCGACAAGACAUUCAUUCAUUCAGGAUCCCUGAAACUACAUGAGAGGAUCCACACUGGAGAGAAACCUUACAUGUGUUCACACUGCAACAAGAGAUUCAGUUGGUCAGGACAUCUGAAAAAACAUGAGAGGAUUCACACUGGAGAGAAACCUUACAAGUGUUCACACUGUGACAAGAGGUUCAGACAGUCAGGAUCCCUGAAAAAACACGAGAGGAUCCACACUGGAGAGAAACCUUACAAGUGUUCACACUGUGACAAGAGGUUCAGACAGUCAGGAGCCCUGAAAACACACGAGAGGAUCCACACUGGAGAGAAACCUUACAUGUGUUCACACUGUGACAAGAGAUUCAUUCAUUCAGGAGACCUGAAAAAACACGAGAGGAUCCACACUGGAGAAAAACCAUACAAGUGUUCACACUGUGACAAGAGAUUCAGUCGGUCAGGAGCCCUGAAAACACAUGAGAGGAUCCACACUGGAGAGAAACCUUACAAGUGUUCACACUGUGACAAGAGAUUCAGUGAUUCGGGAGUCCUGAAUACACAUGAGAGGAUUCACACUGGAGAAAAACCAUACAAGUGUUCACACUGUGACAAGAGAUUCAGUCGGUCAGGAGCCCUGAAAACACAUGAGAGGAUCCACACUGAAGAGAAACCUUACAAGUGUUCACACUGUGACAAGAGAUUCAGUGAUUCAGGAGUCCUGAAUACACAUGAGAGGAUUCACACUGGAGAAAAACCAUACAAGUGUUCACACUGUGACAAGAGAUUCAGUCGGUCAGGAGCCCUGAAAACACAUGAGAGGAUCCACACUGAAGAGAAACCUUACAAGUGUUCACACUGUGACAAGAGAUUCAGUGAUUCAGGAGUCCUGAAUACACAUGAGAGGAUUCACACUGGAGAAAAACCGUAUCACUGCACUGCAUGUGGAAGAGUUUCACUCAUUCUUCUAAUCUACACAGUCAUGCAAAAACUCACAUUAAGUAGCUUUUCUUUAGUUUCAGCAAUUUCAACUGUGAAGCUGCAUCUCUUCCCUAUUAGUCUGUCCUGUUGGGGGCUGGAGUCCUCUCUGGACUCUGGAUUGGGACAGGAGCCCUCUCUGGAUGAUAGUCUGGGGCUAGAGCCUUCACUGGACUAUAGUCAGGGGCUGGAGCCUUCACUGGACGACAGUCAGAGGCUGGAGCCUACAUACAUGAUGAAGAAAAAUGAGGAGAGUGAAGAGGAGGAAAAAUGUAUCAAAAUUGAUGAAAAAACUUGCUCACAGACUGAAAGUAUUUCUAUACUGAAAAGAAGAGACAAGAAAUGUUUCACCUGCCAUCAGUGUGGAAAGAGUUUCACAUUGAUAAAGAGCCUCAAGAUUCACAUGAUGAUCCACACUGGAGAGAAACCAUAUCACUGCACUGCAUACAUGGUACUGAAUUACGAGAACAGUGAAGAAGAGAAACAUGUCAAACCUGAAGAAAAAACUUGCUCACAGACUGAAAGUACUUCUUUACUGAAAAGAAGAGGCAAAAAAUGUUUCACUUGCUAUCAGUGUGGAAAGAGUUUCACAUGCAAAAAGAGUCUAAAGAUUCACAUGAGGAUUCACACUGGAGAGAAACCAUUCACUUGUGAUCAGUGUGGGAAGAGCUUUAGACAACAAGGGCACCUUAAGGAACACAUAAAAAUCCACACUGGAGAGAAACCGUUCACAUGUGAACAGUGUCAGAGGAGUUUUACACACAAAAAGAGUUUAAUGGUUCACAUGAGGAUCCACACUGGUGAGAAACCAUUCACAUGUGAUCAGUGUGGGAAGAGCUUUAGACAACAAUGGCACCUUAAGGAACACAUGAACGUCCACACUGGAGCGAAACCGUUCAUAUGUGAUCAGUGUGGGAAGAGUUUCACACAAAAAAAGAGUUUCAAGGAUCACAUGAGCAUCCACACUGGAGAGAAACCAUUCACAUGUGAUCAGUGUGGGAAGAGAUUUGCACAUCAAGGACACUUUAAGGAGCACAUGAAAAUCCACACUGGAGAGAGACUGUUCACAUGUGAUCAAUGUGGAAAAACAUUUUUGAGGGCUUCAGCCCUGAAGAUCCACCUGAUUGUUCAUUCAAAGGAGAAACCAUAUUCAUGUUCUCUGUGUGGAAAGAGUUUUUCACAGGUUAAAAAUUUAAAACUUCAUCAGAAAACGCAUACUGGUGAAAAAGCAUAUGUGUGCUUUGAGUGUGGGAAGUCUUUUAAAACAACUGUAGAGUUGAAAGUGCACCAGAGAAUUCACACUGGAGAGAAACCAUACAAAUGUUCACACUGCGACAAGAGAUUCAAUUGGUCAGGAGCCCUGAAAACACACGAGAGGAUUCACACUGGAGAGAAACCUUACAAGUGUUCACACUGCGACAAGACAUUCAGUUGGUCAGGACGUCUGAAAACACAUGAGAGGAUCCACACUGGAGAGAAACCAUACAAAUGUUCACACUGCGACAAGAGAUUUAGUGAGUCACGACAACUGAAAAGACACGAGAGGAUUCACACUGGAGAGAAACCUUACAAGUGUUCAUACUGCGACAAGAGAUUUAGUUGGUCAGUACAUCUGAAAACCCAUGAGAUGAUCCACACUGGAGAGAAACCUUACAAGUGUUCACACUGCGACAAGAGAUUCAGUCGGUCAGCAUAUCUGAAAACACAUGAGAUGAUCCACACUGGAGAGAAACCGUAUCACUGCACGGCGUGUGGGAAGAGUUUCAUUCAUUCAUCUUCUCUACGCAGACAUACAAAAACAAUCACAAUCUGCUCCUCCUCCUUCAGUGAAGCUCCUUCCCACUGCAAUUCACCAAUAAAUGCUGGAAUAUUCCCAUCAGUCUACAAGUGAAGAUGAGCAUCAAACCAUCAGGAAGAGCUGAAAUCUGCAAAGACAGAGUUUAUUGAAGGACAGUGAGAAGAUGAGAGAUCCAGAA